AUGAUCAGCAUUUCUAAAAGCUGGCAGACUUUCUGCAACAAGUGUGGCAGGCACCAGCUCCACAAAGUGACACAGCACAAGAAAGGCAAAGAUUAUCUUUAUGCCCAGGGAAAGCAGUGUUGCAACUGGAUACAGAGUGGCUAUGGUGGGCAAACAAAGCCAAUUUUCUGGAAAAAGACUGACGCUACAAAGAAGAUUGUGCUGAGGUUUGAAUGUGUUGAGCCCACCUGCAGAUCUAAGAGACUGCUGGCUAUUAAGAGAUGCAACCAUUUUGAACUGGGAGGAGAUAAGAAUAGUAAGGACCAAGUGAUGAAGUUCUAA